AUGAGUGAGAAAACCAUCUGGGCCUGCCUUCUUGUUCUUGCUCUUAGCAUGCCGCUGUCCAAUGCUUAUUGUGUCCGUCAGCCAUGGAAGCCAGAGAAGUCUGAUGGCAAGAUUGUAGGCUGCCGUGACUUGAAUGGAGAGCUGCAUGAACUUGAUUCCCAGUGGAGGACUGACAGCUGCUAUGAUUGUUCCUGCUCUGAGGGCGCCAUUGACUGCUGCUCCAGCUUCUCAACACCAUCUGACUAUGAUAAAGAGAAUUGUGUAAGCAUUUUCAACAAGGAGACCUGCACUUAUAAAGUAGUGGAGAAAGAUGAUCACUCAAAAGAAUGCCCAGUACAUGCGUGGGUGGGCUAA